CACAUGAUGAUGUUUCACAGGAAAUUUGCCCAAUAUUUCAAUUAUAUCUACAUGAUGGGAAUGGAAUUACAUGCUGAGCAAGGGGGUUAUGCUGAGAUGGAGAAUGUUGAGAUUACGGAUACAGAGUUGCUCUAUCAUGUUAGAGGUGUCCUUAAAUCUGCUCUCCAGGGUGACCGGGGCAAAUAUGAAGAUCUUUGUGGGCUUAUUCACCAUAAUGAAGGCCUUAUACCUGAGGAUGUGGCCAUACUGGUGACAUGUUUAAAAGCUUUGUCAGGAUCAGUUUCUUGUCUCGACAUUGUUCACCAUCAAGCUCUUAUUUCAUCUGUUUUAAGAAUGAGCAUGUGGAACUAUGGGACUGAUGUAAUGGAUGCUUUGAUGGAAUUAGUUAUAUCCUUGGCUACAUUCAGUGGGCAGUAUGUCGAUUUGUGCUUGGAAAUGCUUGUGAGCAAUUUUAUGCCUCCUAAUUCCUUCAUACCAUUGUUGAAUCAGCCGCGUGGCAUUGUAAGAAAGGGCCAAGUCAUUAAUCGUGUCCAUUCAACAUUAAUAGACAUUGCAGAGUUAGUUCCUCUUUCGCCCUUGAGACUUGAGAAAAUAAUAAAGGAGAGGAUGCCACUCAUUUUCAAAAAGGAACCAUUUAUUUUGACAUAUGUGGAGAACAUGUUAAAACUAGAGAGUGGAGCAAUUGGUGAUCUUGUUGGGAGAGCAAUGCUUGUUGCAAUUAUGGAUAGGCUGAUAGAUUUGGAUGUAGACAUAGCAUGGGAUGAUAUAUUACAGGAAGAUUUCACCAAAGGCAUCUUCGAUAUGGAGCUGGAAGAUCUGGAAGGGCCAGUGGAUGAUGGUCAGCAAGAUGGUGACGAGCAACGAAUUUCUUGGAUUGACCGGUAUUUUAGUGGAAAUCUCAGUGCUCAGAAAUUGGAUAGCUUGAUGGUGCUUACUUUUGAACACCUUAACUUUUGCAAACAGAGUGGACGCCUGAGUCAGGUCUUUGAUACUCUUCUCCAGUCUUUUCAGCAAACUGUUUUGACAGCAUACAAGUCUAAAUUUGCUCAGUUUGUGAUGUUUUAUGCCUGUUCACUGGAUCCUGAAAACUGCGGCAGGAGAUUUGCUUAUACUCUGUUUCAUAUAUUUAAGACCAGUAGAUAUCCAGAAUGGAGAAUGAGCGCUGUGGCCUAUCUUGCUAGUUAUUUGGCUCGUGCGAAGUUUUUGUCCAUCUCAUCCGUUGCUGAAUAUGUAGAAAGUUUGAUGGAAUGGUGUUCCACUUAUUGCUCCAACCAGAGUGGCGGCAUCAAUCCAAAAGCUCACAAGGAAUUCUAUGCUGCGUGCCAGGCCAUGAUGUAUGUACUUUGCUUCCGCAUGAGAUCAAUCCUUGCUAUCCCUCCCAUCAGAUCACGGGUAUCAAAGCAUCUAGAGGAUAUCUUGAGGCAUCCAUUGAGCCCAUUAAUGGUAUGCUUGCCAUCAAUAGUGGAAGAAUUUCUUCGGUUGGCAAAAGUGAUUCAUCUUGAUGUGCCUGAUAACUUUGUAUCAAGCGGUCUACUUGAGUCAGAACUUUCAAUGGCUUUUGGUGGUAGAGAGAGGCUUGACAUGUUUUUCCCAUUUGAUCCUUGUCUGCUAAUGAGAUCUGACAGAUUCAUCCGGCCAAAUUUUGUGUACUGGUCAAUGGUUCGGAGCUCUUAUGACAACGAUGAGGAUGAUGAUGAGGGUACUAGUGACGAAGACGAUAUUGAAAUCUGUACAGCAGGGAAGGGGAUGGAUAUAGCUAAUGAUGGAGGUGCCCGAAGUUAUAAUCAGGAUCUUGAUGAAUUUGAUAAUGAAAUGAGCAAAAUGUCCAUAACACCUAAAGUUACACAAUGGUUUGGAGGGGACAUGCAGAUGCCUUCAAGAAUCCCACCUUGUCCAGAUUCCUUGUAGAGAUUGAUCUUUGCUGUUUGAUGACCAUGAAAGAGGAAAUGCUUGCCCUUCCAUGGCAAAGAGUCAGACCAUGUCAUGAAGAGUUGAAAAUGCUUGUCCUGGACCGUGGUUGGUCAUGGCAAGAUGCCGAGAUUAUGACAUAUUCAUUGCAUCUUAGAUUCAUGAGGCCUCCUCUCCUGCCUGCAUACAUCCCAUGUGGUGUUAGAGGUCAAUUUUUGUAUUCAUAGCAAGGCAAAAGCCAUUUGUAAUAUUUAGCAAAAGUUGGUGUGAUGAUGAAGAUCAGAACUAAUAGUGGAAAUACCUAAAUUCUCGUGUAUUUUCUUGUUGGUGUUGAUACAUUACGGUUCUAAGGCCCAAUAUAAGAGUAUAUUUUGAAUGU